AUGUCCGCCAUUGGGCUGCCAAACACUGACAACAGCCUCUGCUCGAGGCCGGCUCAUCGUCAACAAGAAUCUGGUGAGCUUGACAUCUUUGAGGCGGCGCUUUACUUUGCUGGUGGCGUUGACGGUGUUGGUCUCCCCGGAAGAAUUGGUCCUCAAGGAGCCAUGAGGGAAGACAGGGUGGGUUGGAGGGCAGAGAGGAAGAGUUUGGACGUACCAAGGAGCAUCAUACUUCCCCAAGAGUGCCAAAGGGUGGAGAACUACGACUCCAAAGAGAAGAAGGGUAAGCAACCAAGCUCCCCAGGUCGUAGGUUGGCUAGCUUUCUAAAAUCUAUAUUCCACCAAGCUGCUUCUAAGAAAAAAUCCAAGUCUCUCACCAGCAGUAAGUCAUUGAAGGAUGAAGAGGUAGAAGAUAGACAUGGAGGGAGGAGUAGGAGGAGGAGCAUUGGCCACUCCCAUAGCAUAAGAAGCAGUGACUCCAAGUCCAUUUUCUAUUCUGAAAGCAGUGGAUUCAGUACCCCUGCCCCUCACACCAACAUCGUUACAAAGUUGCAAAAGGAACAGAGCAGGAGCUUUAAGUCCAAUGGUCAGCCAAAGAUGGCAGCUUUCUGCCCACAAGGAGAGGUUUGGGAUGAUAAAAGGGUAGCAAGGGAGACUUGGAUAGCUGAGAGAGCUAGGUCCAGCUGUGGACUUUCUGGGAAAAGCAAGGUCUGUUCGGGUGGGAAGCCUGAUGUGGGUUGGAAUGAAGGGUGGUUGUUGGAGAACAGAUGGGUGUUGAAUGGAGAUGAAGAAGGGUUCUUCAAGAAGCAUGGUGAAUUGGAGGAGGAGUUUAGAAGAAAGGAGAAGGAGAGUAGGGAGGAAGAUGGAGGGGAGAGUGACUCCAGCUCUGAUCUGUUUGAGCUGAAGAACUAUGACUUCGAGGAAUUCUCAAGUGGACUGCCUGUUUAUGGGACCACAGAUAUGGAGAUACUUAAGAGAGGGGCUUCCAUUCACAAUGCUGCAUUUUAA